AUAUUUGAGCCGGAAGGGAAGACUUUAAAGGUGGGAUCAAAACGAACAUGGCGGAUAUGUCGUCCACGGGCGGGAUGGAGACAGAAGUUGAGGGAAAACUGGAAGUGGGAGCGGAGACGGAGGCAGACGAGAGCAGUCGGGACGCAGAGGGGCUCGAGGUGAAGGGGAGCGCCGGGGAGGGUGCGAGCGGAGACGGCGAGCCGUUCAAAAAGCCCGCCCUGUUGUUUGCGGCGCCCGGGGUCCUCAAGAAGGCGGCGGGCGCUCGAGCGGAGCCCGCGCAUGAAGCGGCGGCCAAAGCAGUCGGUGAGGAGACGCGCGACAGCAGCGCGAGGCCGAAAGUGCGGCUUCCCGCCAAGCCGCCAGCAGCGCCGGGCGCGUGCCCGCCUCUACCGUACGCUGAGCCGCCCUGGGGCGGCGCGCCUCCGUCGCCCUACUCCUUCGAGGUGCUCAAGAACGGCACCAUCGUGGACACGGUGCCGCUGGAGGGCCGGAGCUUCACAGUGGUGGGCCGCCUGCCGGCGUGCGACGUGCCGCUGGAGCACCCGUCCGUGUCGCGCUACCACACCGUGGUGCAGUACCGCGCGCGGCCUCUCGAGCACGCGGGCCUCUACGCCUUCGACAUGGGCAGCACCCACGGCACCUUCGUCAACAAGAGCCGCCUCCCGCCCAAGACGUACGUGCGCCUGCACGUGGGCCACGUGCUGCGGUUCGGCGGCAGCACGCGCCUCUUCGUGCUGCAGGGUCCGGAGACGGACGAGGAGGCCGAGUCAGAGCUGACGGUCACGGAGCUGAGGGAGCGCGCCCGGAAACAGCGAGAGGCCCUGGAGAAGAGGAUGAUGGGAGAUGGCUCCGAUGACGAGGGCGGCGAGGAGGAGGAGGAGGAGGAGGAGGAGGGCGGUGGCGGGAAGGAGGGCGGCGGCGGCGCGAGGAGCUCCUCCGAGGACGCGGGCUGCUCCUGGGGAAUGGCGGAGGAGGCGCUGCCCGAGGAGGACGAGAACGAGGAGAACCCUUUUGCCACAGAGUUUCAGGAGGACCAGGAGGCGGCGUAUUUAAAGGACCCCAAGAAAGCGCUGCAGGGGUUCUAUGACCGGGAAGGGGAGGAGCUGGAGUUCGAGUAUGAGGACAAAGGCCAUGGGACCUGGACCUGCAGAGUGAGGCUACCUGUGGACGACGCUCUCGGCAGGCAGCUUGUGGCCGAAGUGACGCAUUCGGGGAAGAAGAAGGAGGCGGCCAUACAGUGCUCCCUGGAGGCCUGUCGCAUUCUGGAGGCUCGCGGCCUUCUGCGGCAGGAGGCGGUGUCCCGUAAGAGGAAGAAGAAGAACUGGGAGGAGGAGGAUUUCUACGACAGCGAUGACGACACGUUCCUGGACAGGACCGGGGUCGUAGAGAGGAAGAGGGAGGAGCGUAUGAAGAGGGCAGGGAAGAUCGAAGAGCGGCCCGAGACAUACAACUCGUUGGUGGAGAGGCUGGCAGAAGUGGAGAAAGAACUUUUGGAGACCGAGAAGAAACUCAGGUCUUCAGUGAAAGGCGACGAGCAGCCGUCGACGGAAGACCCCCUGGAUGCAUUCAUGAGCGCCGUGCGCAGCCAGGGACCGCUAGACAGCGUCGCACGCAGGAAACUGCAUCUGCGGAUGGCGGAGCUGCGCAAGGAGGGCCAGCGUCUGCGCAAACUGGUCGAGCUAACCAGGCCGGCACAGCUGCCACCGCUGCAGACAAGUCCGGGGAGACAGCCUGCGGAACCCGUCAAGGCCAAGAAGCCCUCGCUGCCAAUGUUUGGGGCCAUGAAGGGCGGGAGCAAGUUCAAAUUGAAGACCGGCACCAUCGGGAAACUGCCCCCCAAACGACCCAGCCUGCCUCCAGAGCUCUUCAGUAUGAAGGAGCUGCCGCCUGGCGGGGAAGAGGAGGAAGAGGAGGAGGAGGAGACUGAGUCGGAAGAGACGAAGGACCCGUCCACCGUGCAGGAGGAGCACAGUGUGCCGACACAGAGAACCGAGUCACAGCCACAUGCUGCCGCAGGGAGGAGGAAGCAGGAGAGACUAGCACCGGACGAGGGAGAGCAGUCAGGCCUCCGUGACGGUGGCUCCUCCACGUCUCCCACAGGCCCCGCAAGCGAGGUGAAGAUGACCCAAAGCAGCGCCAAAACAAAGGAGAAGAAGAAAGUGUACGGCCCAAGUAGGCCUCCUGCUACCUUGUCGGCACAGUACCCCAAGGAUGACCCCGACUACUGCGUCUGGAUGCCCCCCGCAGGUCAAACUGGGGAUGGCCGCACCCACCUCAACGACAAGUAUGGCUACUGAAGGAGCUGGGGAUCCACGGGACAGACUGCAAAGAGCCGUGGGGGGGCACCGCUUCUACGUCGCACCCUGUUCUUACCACGUUUUAGUGUUUAAAACCUGCAGCCUAAGGGGGAGGCGCUGUGCGACGAAACCAAAUGGACCCCUUGUGGCCAGACUGACUCCCGAGCGCGACAGUGGGUGACCAACAGGCCACACCCUCCCCUGUGAGUAAGCAGUGUGUGUGAGCGAGGAACAGUACUGAAAAUCGCUGUACCUGAGACCUGUCUUCUUUCUGGAAUAAUCCCCCUGCGGGUUUUUUUUUUUUUUUUUUUUUGGGGGGGGGGGAGUGGACCACAUCGAUGGUGGGACUAUAAUUUUGUAAAAGUUCCCACAUGCACAAUCCUGUGCCAACUACUGGGACGCACUGGGUGCACCUGCCAGGCCACCCGGAACGCAGGUGAGGCGACGGCAGGCCAAGGAGGCAAAGGUGUGCGCUCUCUCCUCCUGCUGUCACAGCUCUCGUUUACCACAUCCUAAUUAUGAGUGACUCAGCGCUGGGAAGUGGGCGGGUGGCAAGCUGCCUGCAGGAGGAUUAGCCUCUUCGAGCAAUCCCAUAAGGCAGUGGUGCACCCCAUCUGUGGUGUAGAAGGAAGGGCCUCUUCU